CUUAACCCCACAACCCAACGCCCCCAAACCCCGGCCCGACUUUAAAAUUCACCCAAACCACCCACCCCACCUCUCGCCCUUCCUCCGUUUCCGCGCCGCCGCCGCCGCCGCCGCCCCGCGCGAUGCCUCGCCGAAACGGGAAGAAUGCAUCUGGCUCCGGCGGCAGCCGUCGCCGCCGGCGCAACGACGACGACGACGAGAGCGUCCCGUCCGAUAACACCUCCGACUCCGACUUCGUCGCUGAUAUGGAGGACGAGGUGGCGGACGACGACGAGGAGUUUGCCUCCGAUGAAGAUGCCCCUGCGCCCGCGGUGGUGAUCGAGGUGGUGGCGCCGCGUCCGGUGCUGUUGCCACGGCCGCCCAAGUCCAAGUGGAGGCGGAAGAAGAAGAAGGGGAAGCGCGACGAGGACGGCCCGCCCCUGCCGUGGGAAGAGUGGGAGGAGGCUAAUACCAAGUGGCUCGACGAGCGCGCCGGGGCAGUGGAGGAGACGGACGCCCCGGCCGCUGGGGUGGUGCCGACCGCGGAGCCGGCCCCGGAGGUGCUGCUCCAGUUGCUGCGCUUCCAGAAGGAGUGGCUCGCGUGGGCGCUGGCGCAGGAGGCCUCGGUUUCGCGCGGCGGCAUCCUCGCCGACGAGAUGGGGAUGGGGAAGACCAUCCAGGGUAUCGCGCUCGUCCUCACCGCGCGCCGGCUCCGUCCCCCCGGCUCGCCCCCGCCCCCGCCACCGUCCUCGUCACUGGGCCUCCCGAUGCGCCGGGUAGGGUGCACCGUUGUGAUCUGCCCCGUGGUGGCCGUCAUCCAGUGGGCGCAGGAGAUCGAGCGGCACACGGCCAAAGGCAGCGCGCGCGUGCUGCUCUACCAUGGCGCUCGGCGGGGCUCUCAGAAGUACGAUUUCGACACCUUCGACUUCGUGGUCACCACCUACUCCACCAUUGAGGCGGACUACCGGAAGCACAUAAUGCCACCCAAGAUUCGGUGUGACUACUGCAAUAAACAGUUUUACCCCGAGAAGCUGAAGAUUCACUUGAGAUAUUACUGUGGGCCCGAUGCUCUUCGUACUGAGAAGCAGGCGAAGCAGGAGAGCAAGAAGUGGGCUGACACCAAAGUGAAGGGGAAAGGGAAGGGGAAAGGGAAGAGGAAAAGUGGUAUUGAGGAGGAGGAAGAGGAUUUUGAGGAAUUGGGUAGCAAAUCCAGGGGCAAGUCACCUCUACACUCAGUGCGGUGGGAGCGGAUUAUCUUAGAUGAGGCUCACUUCAUAAAAGAUAGACGAUGCAAUACUGCAAGGGCAGUUUUUGCAUUGGAAUCGGAAUACAAGUGGGCUCUGAGUGGGACACCAUUGCAGAAUCGUGUUGGAGAGCUUUACUCGCUGAUUCGUUUCUUGCAAAUCUUUCCCUACUCGAACUACUUCUGCAAGGACUGUGACUGUCAGAUACUAGAUACCAAUAUGAAGAAAAAAUGCGACUGUGGUCACUCAUCCGUCAGGCACUUUUGCUGGUGGAAUAAGUACAUAGCGACACCAAUACUGUAUGGAUCCGCGAGUUUUGAGGGCAGAAGAGCCAUGACUCUUCUCAAGGAGAAAGUCUUGAAGGGCAUAGUGUUAAGGCGGACAAAAAUAGGCCGAGCUGCAGAUCUUGCUCUUCCACCGAAGACUGUGACAUUGAGGCGGGACUCUUUUGAUAGAAAUGAAAUGGAAUUUUAUGAAGCCUUAUAUACUCAAAGCUGCACGCAGUUUGAUUCGUAUGUUGUAGCUGGAACGUUGCUGAACAACUAUGCUCAUAUCUUUGACCUCCUCACAAGGUUGAGACAGGCUGUUGAUCAUCCAUACCUUGUUGCAUUUUCCAAGACAGCAGAAUCUCAGGAAGGAUGCAAAAAUCAACAAAAUGGUCCCAUGGAAAGCCAGUGUGGAAUAUGUCAUGAAUUGGCAGAAGAUGUGGUGGUUACGUCUUGUGAUCAUGUAUUCUGCAAGACUUGUUUGAUGGAGUACUCUGCAACUUUGGGGAAUGUUUCAUGUCCAUCUUGUUCAAAUCCUCUUACCGUUGACUUAACAACGGAAAAUUCGAGAAGAAAGGUCCCUGCAAAUUUGAAGGGUGGCAAACGCUCAGGAAUACUAGGCAGACUACAAAGCCUAGCAGAUUUCAAGACAAGUACGAAAAUUGAUGCAUUGCGAGAAGAGAUAAGAAACAUGAUUGAGCAUGAUGGUUCUGCAAAAGGGAUUGUUUUCAGCCAGUUCACAUCGUUCUUGGAUUUGAUUGAAUUCUCCCUGCAGAGGUCUGGCAUCAAGUGUGUGCAACUUAAUGGGAAAAUGAACAUGGUGGAGAAGGGGAGAGCUAUAGAUGCCUUCAUAAAUGACCCAGAUUGCAGGAUUUUCCUGAUGAGCCUGAAAGCGGGAGGAGUAGCUCUUAAUCUUACUGUAGCAUCUCAUGUUUUCUUGAUGGAUCCUUGGUGGAAUCCAGCAGUGGAGAGCCAAGCACAGGAUCGAAUCCACCGAAUCGGACAAUUCAAGCCUAUUAGAAGCACGAGGUUUGUGAUCAAGGACACAGUUGAAGAGCGCAUCCUGCAACUGCAAGAGAAGAAGCAGCUUGUGUUCGAUGGCACCGUGGGUGACUCGCCAGAGGCCAUGUCAAAGCUUACAGAGGCUGACCUGAAGUUCCUGUUCCAAAACUAGCUCGUCUUGUUUCCCCGAUGAUGUUCCGGAGCCGCAUAGGAAGGAGGAAUACAUACAUCCGUCAGGCAGCGCCCGAGGCCAGCAGCAGGACGCUUGCCUCGCAUAUUGACUACAGCCAGCCCUAGGGAUCAUGAGUUUUGGAUGGCGUACUCUGUAGUUUUGGACUUGGGAACAACAUGGGUUCUAUCCAGUUUACUUGUUUGGGAACAACAUGGGUUCUAUCCAGUUUACUUGUUUGGGAACGGCAAAAGCAAAACACGGGCGCUUGUAUA